AUGGAUCUGAACCCCAAGUACGACAACUAUGAUUUCCCCAUCAAGGGCCCUGAGAAGCAGGAUGGCCACGCCGGGUACCUCACAGAGGACCAAAUCGCCAAGCUUCACCAGUUCCGCAUGAUGCUCGAGUCCGAAGGUUGCACUGAUCGAUUGGACACCUUGACUCUGCUUCGAUUCCUCCGAGCGCGCAAGUUCGAUGUCGAGGCCGCCAAAGCCAUGUUCUUGGAUACUGAGAAAUGGCGAAAGGAGGUUAAGCUUGACGAGACUGUGCCUAUCUGGGACUAUCCCGAGAAGGCUGAGAUCGGAAAGUACUACACUCAGUUCUACCACAAGACCGACAAGGAUGGACGACCCAUCUACAUCGAGACUCUUGGUGGUAUUGAUCUGACCGCCAUGUACAAGAUCACCAGCGCUGAUCGCAUGCUCUUGAACCUCGCUGUCGAGUACGAGCGCGUCGCAGACCCCCGUCUUCCUGCCUGCUCCCGCAAGGCCGGCCACCUCCUCGAGACAUGCUGCACCAUCAUGGAUCUCAAGGGCGUUAGCAUCACCAAGGUCCCCCAGGUCUACUCCUACGUCCGACAGGCCUCUGUCAUCUCCCAGAACUACUACCCCGAGCGCCUCGGCAAGCUGUACAUGAUCAACGCCCCCUGGGGUUUCUCCACCGUCUGGAGUGUUGUCAAGGGCUGGCUCGACCCCGUCACCGUCUCCAAGAUCAACAUUCUCGGUUCUGGAUACAAGAGUGAGCUCCUCAAGCAGAUCCCCGCCGAGAACCUUCCCAAGCAGUUCGGUGGCGAGUGUGUGUGCCAAGCUGGCUGUGAGAACAGCGAUGCUGGUCCUUGGCACGACCCUGAGUGGGCUCGUCCCGCUUGGUGGGAGAAGAAGCAGGAUGCCAACGUCAUCGAGAACAAGGGAUCUGAGAUUGAGGAGCCCGCAAAGGCUCCUGAGGCUGCUCCCGCUGCUGAGGGUGCUGAUGCUACCCAGACUGCCCCUGCUCCCGCCCCCGCUGCCGCUUAA